GUUUAGAUUUUCGUUAAUGUGAAACGAGACUUUUGUGUUUAGUAAAUACUUAUUUCACUUAAGUAUAUUAAAAUCUCAUUUUCAAAUGAUACAAAAGUAAAUGCCUAUUUCACUUGUAUUAAAAUCUCAUUUUCAAAUGACAUCUCAUUAAAAUGCCUUCCUUGUUUGAGGUAUUACCCCCGCUAAUUAUUCAAAUACUAUAUUUGUCUACGCCCAAUAUUUUUGAUUUCUCCCACUUUUUGAAUUUUCGACACUAUAAAUUCAAUUUUUGAAAGUAUCUUCCAAAACAGUCUAUGUUUAACUGUCGCUUAGAAUACUUGACAAAGAAAAAUCAUUCUGCAAACAUUUAAUUAGUGACAACAAUUGUAUUUCAACAUUUACAAGUCUUCAUCAAUAUGUCUCCAAUCUUUACUCUUUCAUUACUUUUGGCCAUUGCUGCAGUUCAUUCCAGUAAGUACAAUUGUGGACCCAAUGCAAUUUUUGAAGAGUGUGGAAAUUCAAGGGAUUGUCACAAAACAUGUGACAAGUUAGAUAAUUCGAGGUGUAUCAAUCAGAUGCUUUGUCGUCCUACCUGUGAAUGCAUAGAAGGAUAUGUAAGGGACCGUAAGUCCGACAGAUGUGUUUUACCUCAUCAAUGCCCAAGAAAAGUACCCCAACAGCCAAACAAUCAAUAUCAAUGUGGACCCAAUGCAAUUUUUGAAGAGUGUGGAUAUUCAAGUGAUUGUCACAGAACAUGUGACAAGUUAGAUACUUCGAGGUGUAUCAGUGACAUGAUGUGUUAUCCUGGCUGUGUAUGCCGAGAAGGAUAUGUAAGGGACCGUAAGUUCAACAGAUGUAUUUUACCUCAUCAAUGCCCAAGAAGAAAUAUGCCAGUAUAUAAUGUUUAAAUAAUCGCACUUAAAAAAAUUAUAUAGCAAAUAAUAAAGUAGGGCAAUAAUAAAAUUAAAAAAAAAAUGCAUAGAA